AUGGGUCUGGUUGACGGAGAGCGCCUCUGGCAAUUGGCCAUAUGGACGCCGGUUGCUUUCGCCGUAUACUUUGUCGCAGUAGCAAUAUAUCGAAUAACCCUCCACCCACUUGCGAAAUACCCCGGUCCCCUCCUAUGGCGCAUCUCUCCCAUUCCCUCCAUUAUAUCACUCCUUCGAGGCCGGAUUUCUUUCGACUACAAAGUGCACCACGACAAGUAUGGCCCUGUUGUGCGCGUCAUGCCCAACGAGCUCUCCUUUAACACCGCAAAAGCAUGGGAAGACAUCUAUGGACACCGCGUCGGCAUGGCCAACAUGGACAAAGAUCCAAUCCAUGUCGGUGCUGUCGAGGCUAUCCCUGGGGCGACGAACCUGACUAUGGCACCGGAUGUCCACCAUGCGAGGCAGCGUAGAGCACUUGCCCAUGCGUUCAGUAAGCAGGCAUUGCUGGAACAGGAGCCAAUCUUGAAGGGGUAUGUAGAUCUAUUUGUGAAGAGGCUUCGGGAGAUGGCGCACAAGGGCGAAGCUGCGAACAUGGUUUCUUGGUUCAACUUCUGCACCUUCGACAUCAUUGGUGAUUUGAGCUUUGGAGAACCCUUUGGAUGCUUGCAGGAAGGCGAAGGUGGAGAAUCUGCAAAUUGGGUUGUUCUCGUGUACGAAUCGAUCAAAGCCGGCGCCCUUGAACAAGCCACUCGCCGCUUUGCUUCACCCGGGAGUCUCGGCCAGCGCUUCAUGAUGUGGUGCAUCCCGUCUAUCAUCCGAGAACGCCGCUUCAAGCAUCUGCGCAACUCGACCGAGAAAACGAACCGUCGCAUGGCCACCAAAACAGACCACCGCGACUUCAUCUGGUAUAUUCUCAAGCAGCGCGAGAAGAAGAAUGAAGUCUCCGACGACGAAGUCAUCAUGAACGCCGCGCUCUUCAUUGUUGCGGGCAGCGAAACCACCGCCACUGAACUCUGCGGCCUCACAAACUACCUCCUCCGCAACCCGGAAAAGUACGCCCGCAUCAAGGACGAGCUGCGUAGCGCCUGCAAGACUGAAGCCGACCUCAAUAUGGACGUGCUCGGCAGCCUGCCCUACAUGAAUGCCUGCAUCGAAGAAGGCCUCCGCAUCUUCCCGCCCGUCCCCAUCGGCCUCCUUCGCACCGUUCCCAAAGGCGGCUCCCUUAUUGACGGCCACAUGGUCCCUGAAAAUACCUCGGUGUGUGUCGCAUCAUGGGCCGCAGCGCACUCUGCGAACAACUUCGCGGACCCGGAUUCUUUCAUCCCUGAGCGGUUCCUCGACACGCCCGAGAGCAAGGCGCGGUAUGGCUCUGACAUCAAGAAGGCGGCGCAGCCGUUCUCCCUUGGGCCACGAGGCUGCAUCGGAAGGAAUUUGACCUAUGUCGAGCUGCGACUGAUUCUAGGCGCGUUGCUGUGGCAUUUUGACAUGGAGUUCGCGGAUGGUGCGCCGUUGUGGAAUCCGAAGGAUGAGUUCAAGGGCUUGCGAGCGUAUAACACGUGGGAGAAGAGCCCGUUGAAGGUGAAGUUGACGGACAUAAGGAAGACACCGGCUUGA